AUGGGAAUCCCUAGAGGAUUUUUACUUUCUUGUUAUCUUAAAUAUCCUAAUGUCCCCUCCAUUACCGGAGGCGAUUUUAACGCUCGGAUAGCCUCAAAUCGGGAAGCUCUUAUAAAGUCUAAAUGGUGGGUCGACCCCGGCGCUCAAACCUACGAUCUAGUAUAUAUCCCCACUAGAAUAUCAAAGGAUGUAAAAGUCAAUAAGGCGGGAGUGAUGCUUUACCAGAUGGCUUUACGCCUUAAUUUAAUUAUAUUAAAUGGCAGGUGUCCUCCAGAUAUACCAGGAGAGUUCACCCAUCUGGGGUUAAAAUCAAACAGUGUUCUUGACUAUGUAUUGGUUUCUCGGGAUCUAUUUUUGAAUGUCACCUCUUUUAAAAUUGAUAAUGCCCAAUUUAGUGACCAUCUUCCCCUGACAACCAAGUUAUGUGUUGACUGGCACCUGCUCGUGCGCUCCCACCCAAUCCCGGUGAUUGUGGAGCCGUCCACUAAAAUAAAGGGGAUUAGAUGGUCCCCUGCCCUCGCCCAUAGAUAUAUGGAUUUUAUCCGAGAAAAGUUUCUUGGUGAUCAGCCGGACGUAGGAAUAGUCCCGCGUGAUCCUAUUACCUGUUUGAAUUUUUCUCUUGCCUGAUAGAAGUUUUAACUCGCUUUUUACUUCUCCAAGCUAUGGAGUUAAAAACGAUUAUUUUAAAUUUGGCGCCCCUUGGUUCAACUCUGCUUGUAAACUAGCCAGACUCCAUCUACAUACAAUAUAUAAUGACUAUAAACUUUCCGGCGCUCUGGCCUUACCUCCAUCUUAUUCCCUGGCUAAAAAGCAUACAAACAGGCCCAGAAAUCGGCCAAACGGGAAUGGCAUUUAAAUCGCUGGCAGACUAUAAUUUCUACCGCAAAAUCUCAUAACUCCCGGAAAUUUUGGUCCUUAAUAAAGGGAAGAAACACGAAAUACCCCUUAACGGUGAUCCCGGCCCCUACAUGGGAGCAGUUCCUGAGAAAAUAUUUCUCAGUGGCAGAAGCUCCGGCCACUCGCUGGAGACCUUCUAAUCCCCUUCCCGUCUGGCACAAUACCGACCCUGCUGAAAUCCUAGAAUUGAUAGCUGAGCUGAAAACUGGUAAGGCCCCUGGGCCAGAUUUGGUCCCUGUUGAGGCUAUAAAGCUACAUUCUGCAUGGUGGGCAGGGAUUUUAGCUAAAACGUUUGACGCAAUAAAUGCCACGGGCUUAAUACCAGGUACGUGGAAGGAGGCCAUUAUAAUUCCUAUCUACAAAAAAGGUUCUCCCGGUGACCCAGGGAAUUACCGGAAUAUCAGUCUGCUAUCGUCCAUUGGGAAAAUAUAUGCCCGUUUUUUGCUGGCAAGGCUGAUGAAGUGGUCAGCUGAGGCUGACCUGAUUGGGCAUGAGCAAGCUGGAUUUAGAUUAAACCGAUCCACAACAGAUCAGGCAAUUAUUCUUUAUCACUUAGCCCGGAAAUACUCGACACCUCGACGGGGCCAACUUUGCGCAGCCUUCAUAGAUUUGAAAGCUGCGUUUGAUAGUAUUCCGAGGCAAUUACUAUGGGAUAAACUUGCCUGCUGGGGAAUAGAUAGAAGGCUCCUGUGGCUUAUCUCCCAACUUCAUGCCGGGUCCGUGGCCAGGGUAAGAAUAUCCCCUGCUGGAGACCUAACUAACCCAGUGCCAGUAAAUAAGGGUGUACGCCAGGGUUGUAUUUUAGCGCCUCUUCUUUUUAACUUAUUUAUCAGUGAUAUGAGGAACCCAUUAAUCGACUCACAAAAAUUUAUCCACACCCCCCGUAUAGCAGAUUAUCGUUGUCCUUUACUUCUCUACGCAGAUGAUGCGGUACUACUCUCUUACUCCAGAGUGGGUUUAAGGAGGGCACUAAAGAUUUUUGCAUCAUAUUGCCAUUCUAAUCAUCUGUCUAUCAACCACACCAAGUCCAAAGUACUGAUAUUUUCAAGGAGUCGAAAAUUAUAUUCAUGGAAAUUGGAGGGCACGAAAAUUGAACAAGUACAUAAAUUUAAAUAUUUAGGAAUUUAUUUUCAAUAUAAUCUAGGGUGGAAAGAGCACGUUGAAUAUCUUCAAAACAAGACAAAAGCCCUAUCACACUCCCUCCUCCGUUUUUUCUACUCUGAGGGGGCCUUAUUCAUUCCUGCGGCCUUGAAAGUGUAUAGCAUCAAAGUGAUGGCCACAAUGGCCUAUGCUGCACCUUUAUGGGCUGCCUUUGCAAACCUUUCACCUUUAGAGUCGCUUCAAAGCCAAUUCUUACGCCGACUUUUAAAACUACCAACAUGCGUAAGUAAUGCGGCUAUUCGCUUAGAAAUGAAGAUCCCCUCAGUGGAGUUAGUUUUAUGGAGGAGAGUUUUGAUUUAUUGGAUAUCCCUAUGGCAUAAACUACCGAACCACUAUCUCAUUCAAUGCAUGUGGCGGGAUGACUUUACAAAUUUGUGGUCAGGAAAAAUCCAUGCCAAAUUGCUGUCCUAUGAGAUCUCGCCCACGGAAUUGCUCAAACUGGAUCUAAACGCGGCAAAAAGGUGUAUAAAUCAAAGGCUGGAUGAUGUGGAGCUAUACCAAAAUUUCUUAGCUGGUGGUGGAGCCUGCUCCCCGUUAAAUCUCGGCAUAACCCCUAUCUAUCGUGCUCCGUCCUACUUAACAUCGCUUAUAGCCGCAUCUCACCGAUAUGCCUUCAUUAGAGCCAGGUUCAAUGUUUUCCCAACAAACGUGCUGAGACAUAGAUUCACUAAGGGCCAAGUCCCUUCAAUGUGUGCUUGUGAAAUGAAAACAUCUGAAUCUUUACAUCAUGUUAUGUUUAUCUGCCCUAUGUACAGUUUAGCUCGCGCUAGUAUACUAAACUCCAUAAUCCAGCCUAUGGCUGACAAACCAGUAGACCUACAGCUUGCCUGGGUUCUUCAAGAUGUAGAUCCUUAUAUUACUCUACAGGUUGCUAAAUUCCUAACAGCCGUUCUCUCGUACAAGAGACGGAAUGGAAUGUUAACUGAUUAUUGA